UUUGCGCUCGGGUCGUGGAUGGACAGCGCUGCAGCAGCGAACUAGUUAGCCAGCUUUGCGUAUUGUUCCGUCUUGAAGACAAAACACUGAAGCUUUCAAUGCUGUCCCAAGUUUUAUAAUCACUCUCACACUCGAAGUGGAAAGCGCCUUGCAUCAUGGCGGCCAAUGUCCAAGGUGAUGACUUCGAUGACUAUGACAAGCCAGGCGCUGAGAGGUCACGCAGGAGAAGGGGCGAAGAUGAUGAUCUAGACAGUGAUCUGGAAGAGGAUUUGUUGCAGGAGGAUUGGCUGUCAGGUAAAAAGAAUCCAUCAGAAGCAUCAGAUGAAGAACUGAACGAUGACCUUCUACAAAGCGACGAUGAGGAUCAAAAUAUGAUUGGCCAGGAAGUGGACUUCAAUGCCACAUUCAGCUUGGGCACAUCCUAUGACCAGCAGGACAACUUGCAGGAAGCAGACUACACAGAUGACAUCGUCAACCUGGGUACAGAGGGCUGCGAGGAAGGGGAUGCAGAGGAGGGGGGUUACCAGCAAGAGGGGGAAGAAGAGGAAUACGCAGAGGAAUACGGCCAAGGCAACGACACAGAGAUGUCUGAAGACCAAAUGGAUUACACUGGAGAACAAGCUGAGGGCGAUGAAGGCUAUCAGGAUGAAGUGUUAGACAUCCAAAUCAAUGAGCCAAUAGAUGGCGAAUUUCAAGAUGAUGAAUACUCAACAACCUACGCUGAUGAGCAUGUCGUCCAACAUGAGGAGGCCCCCGAGGAGGAGGGGGAGAUGGAGGGAGAUGAACAGCAACAGCAGCAGGAGGAGGAGGAAGACACUGCUGGGGGCUCUCAGGUCUUUGACUCAGAGGAGGUUGAGAAUGAAGCUGAGCCUGAGGAAGAAACAAAGGAGGAAUCUGAUGAAGAGGACGAUGAAGAUGAGGAAUCGGGUCGUCUGCGGUUCAAAUCUGAGAGGAAGGACGUCUCUGUUGUGCGGUUGGCUGAUGCGGGCAGUAAAAGGAGGAACAUCCCUGAAACUUUAGAACUGUCAGAGCAGGCCAAGGCAGAUCUGAGGCAGUUCGAGGAGCAAGAACGGCAGAGGAAACAAGGCCGUUUUGGUGGCCGAGGAAGAGGCGGUGGGAGAGGGAGAGGUCGAGGAGGCUUCCCAAUGUUUGGAAUGGGAGAUUUCAGGGGUGACUGUGGAGGCAGAGGAAGAAUGAAUGACCAGAGGCUCCCACUGAUGGCGAACAUGGGCAUGCAGCAGCCGUCCUCCAGAAUGCCUCACCCUCAUCAUCCUCAUCAGCAGCAACUGCAGUCACAGCAGCAGCACCACGCCCCGGGCCCAAGAGGACCUCCUCCCUUUCACGAACAUGGGGGCCCGCUGGCCCAGCAGCCCCUACAGCCCCUCAUCCCCCCACACAUGGCUCACCGCUCGCCACCAGUGCGGCCUCAGAUGGAGCCACCACCACGCAUGAUGAACUCCCCACCACCCAACUUUCCCCAGCAUCACCAGCAGCCGACACAGCCCAAAAACAUCCACAUCAACCCCCAUUUCAGAGGCCCUGCAUCUUCCUCUGUACAAGUGCCCUUGAUGCCUCCUGCUCAGAGCCAGCCCAGACCUGCUGUGGGUCCUCAGAGGUUCCCUGGACCGGGAGACUUCCAGCAGCACAUGCCUGGUAAUUUUAGUCAGCCCCAGCGGCCCCCUCAUCACAUGGAACCCUUUAGGAACCAGCCACCUCCAGCCCCGCAGGACAGAGAGCCCCUCUUUAUCAGCGAGCCACGGUUUCCUGGGCAGCACAUGUUUGACCACCAGGGCCCGAGCCCUCUGAUGAACAGCAACAACAACCUCCACCACCACCAGCAGCAGCAGCUGCCCGGCCAGGGGCACAUGGGCUUUGGGCAACCAGGGCCAGCCUUCAACCAGCCGGGCCAGGGUCCGCUAGGCCUUUUUCAGAGAGAACCUCCUAGACCCAACCUCCCUCCUCACCAGGGCCACCAGGGGAUGGUGGGUAUGAAUCAACAAGGUGGCCCCCCCAACCAGCCCAGGCCCUUCAUUGGCCCCCGCCAGCCCUUUGGCCAGCAGCAAGGAAACCUUUUCCCCCCUCCACAGCUCCAGUUUGGGAUGCAGGUACGACUAAGAGGCUUAAUGCAAGGUCCUCCUCUCUCCCAGCUCCCGCAUCACGAGCCAGUGCCAUCCCAUCAGCCCAUGCACCAACAGCAGCAACAUCAUAGGCAGGACUUGCCUCAGCACCAUCAACACCACCAGCACCCGCUAAAUCUCAAUGAGCAGCGCCCAAUGAUUCACCACGGCCAGAACCCCUUCCAUCAGCAGCAGGCACAUGGUGGCCCGAGGCAGAUGACCCCCCGCUUGCAGAACCCACAGCAGCGCAACGUUUCCAAUAGGCCGAGGAUGCAAAGCCCACCUGCCUCCAAGCAACUGCAAAUGCAGAUCCUUCCUCAGCGAAACAGCAAUCUACGGGAGCUCCCAGUAGCACCUGGCAAUACAAACAUGAACAAUACCCGCCCCAUCACCACCCCUGCCUCCAACGUCAGGCCUGUUGCCAAGGCAACACAAGGGGUGCGACCCGGGCAGAACGUUCAACCAGUGCCUGGCAGAGGAAGAGGCCAAGUUGUUGCCAAGACCAUAUCACAACCUCCGGGAGCCGGCAGGACAGUAGUUCGCAAGGAAAUCCCAAGCACACAAUCCAACACGGUACCAGAGGACCCUGAUGAGGACGAGGAGACGCGGCAGUACCGUCUUAAGAUUGAGGAGCAGAAGCGGCUAAGAGAGGAGAUUCUGAAGCGGAAGGAGCUGAGGAGGCAGAUGCAGGCUGGCGUCAGGAAGAAGGAGCUGUUGGAGAGGAUCAGUGCCCAAGCAAACCAAGGCCAGGGCCCAGCUCCUUCCCAAAUCCCGCCUGCACAACAACAGCAGCUGCAAAUGUUGCACCCCCCACAACAAUCACAUCCACCACCGCCGCAACAGCAGAGACAAUUUCCCAACAGACCACAACAAUCACAAAUAAACCCUCACCAAGGCACCCCCUUUCCCCCCAACGGCACCCCUCAGACCCCGUCACCGCGCCCCAAUGUCAAGACACGGCUGCAGAUGGCGAAGGGAGCUGGCCAGCAGCAACAGACCCCUGGGCCUGGUCCAAACCAGCAGCAGUGGCAUCAACAACAACAAAAUCAGCAGCAGCAGAGAAGGAACAAUACUGUGCAGAACCUAAACAGGCCUGGUGCUCCGAUCCAGACCACCCAGGUCUCCCAAAGGAACAUGCCCAUUCAGGGUGCCUCCUCAGCAGGUCCUGGCCAGGCCCAAGGUCAGGCUCAGGCUCAGGCUCAGCCUCAGCCUCAGGGGCUCAAACCUGGAGUGAAAAGAACUGUGAUGCAGCGGGCCAAGAACGCUGGUGUUGAAGGCCUGCAGGUCCCACAAAAAGUCAGAGUCGUCAAACUUUCAGGAGCGGGUGGAAAGGGGCCAGAGGCCAGCGGCCCAGCACAGCAGCAGGGCGCCCGGACGCCAUCGCAGCCCAACCAGGGCCCCCAAAGGAAGGUUACCAUGGCAAACACUGUGACAGGACAGCCGCUACAGGGCCUCGGCGUGACACCCCAGGCUAGCCGAGGGGGCAUGGGCAACCCGCAACACAACAGGGUGGUUGUUCCGGGCCGAGGCCGUGGCAGAGGGGUGGCAGGACCCGGGGCAGGGCAGAUGGGCCGAGGUCGUCCCAUGGCCACCAGGCAGAACCAAAGGGGUCCAGAGAGCCAACCGUGCACUGUGUCAAUCGAGGGCCUCUCCUCAUCCACGACUGAUGUUCAGCUGAAGAACCUGCUCAGCUCCAUCGGCCCUAUAGAGAUGUUCAAAAUGAUGCCUCAGCAACGGAAAGCUAUCGCCAAAUUUUCCAAUCCCCAGCAUGCUGCAAGUUUUCAAGUGUGCUUCCACAGGCACAUGAUUGAUUUGUCCCACAUUGAUGUGUCGCUGAUUGAUGGAUGAGGAGUGCGAUAGAACAAACUGAGUCCUCUUGCAAGACGUCGCUUUCUCCUGACACGGGAGGCCCUCAUGCACAGUUCUAGCAAGGUGUAGGAACACUUUCCCGGUCCUUUGCGGGUUAUUGACAGUCAACGGCUCUGCACACAAGCACCGAUCUUCAUUCAUCGCCUACCGACUUGGAACACUGAACACAUCAACCCUGAGAUGCAAACCAGUGGUUGAAAUUGUCUACCAUUGUCCAAUUUUGUUAAGAUGGCACUGGAGAGGCACUGGACAGUUAACGCUGCUUUGCUGUAGUUUGAACAAUGUUUUGUGCAUCUUACACAGACACUAAGUAGCAGUUUAUAUGAGAUAAUGGUUGCUCCCCUCAGCAGUAAUAUUCAUGAUGAUAGACGAAAAGGAUUGAGAGUUCAACUGUGUUCUGACGUGGUCUUUUUUUGUUUGUUUGUUUUGUUUUGUGUUUGCGGCUCGCCGAUUGGUUUAGAUGCAGGGAACGGUUGUGGUAGAUUGUGGCAAUUCGAAUCACACACAGGACUCUUCCUUGGCAGUGUGUUUUCCCUUCUGUAGAUGGCAGUAUUGCAUCACUAUUGGGUCUUAUUUUUCCCCCAUCCAAGACAGCAUUCAGAUAGAGAUAAGUCUCUAAGCAGUUUUUGGGUGAAUGGCACUGCCUAGUGGAGAACUUGCACACAGGCACAGCUGGGGCCUGAGUGUAAGUUUAUGACCUUUUUUAAUAUUUGACACAUACCAUUGAAAGACUGGCAAGAAAUUGGCAUGGCAUGCAGCAUACAUAGAAUAAUUGGUCUUAAUUCCCAUUGGUUUUGGGAAUGGUAAAUGUUGUGACUGUAUUUGGUCGGUCCUCCUGGGGCUUUCAGGUUAAAGAAGUGCUCUUCCUCUGAUUAAUUGGUUAGAUUAUCUGUUAAUUUCGGCCUAUCAACCUUUAUUUCAUCAUUUCAAAGGCAUCGCCCCUUUUUCUAAACAUAAUCUGAUGUUUUAAAUGUUAACUCGAAUGCAUCUUGGAAAUACCUUUAACGCGUCUUGGCUGGUGAUAUUAUUUUUUUAUACAUCUUUUAGUUGUGUGUCUGGUUUUGGAGUAGUUACCUGUUAGGAUUUCUAUUCUGUAUUGAAUACUGUGACGGAGUGUGUGUGUGUGUGUAAGUUGUGUAAAUUUUUUUGUAUGGCUAGAACUUAUAUAUGUCUGGAUGGUAAUUUAACACGCAUCAUAGUGUGACAUUUUCAAAGAUCAGUGAGGAUAGCUUACAUUCCUCCUCAGGGUUCACGCACAUGUCUGUAACCAUUGCGCUAGGUUGUACGUUGGCUGGCAUUAUUGAUUGGAGUCUUUGUGACAUCAGUUGAUCAUUUGUUACCUUGUUACCUCGACUUGUGUAGUAUACUCUGGUACUAUAACCUAAGUUCACACAUAGCUCUUAAUGGACAGUUUUGGCAUAUAUAGAAAAGCGGAAGAGGUCAAAAUGUUUUUCCCCAAAAUAUAGUAUGUCUGUUAUUGUAAGAAAAACAUCCUCUUUAAAUUCUGGGCUCUUCGGCAUCGGCUCUUAAUUUCCAUUUCAAAAUAAACAGAUACAAUGAUGCCAUUCUCAUAUGAGGACAUUACUUCAAGGUUAGAGAUUAAUAAGGAACUACAGGCACAUGUACAUGUUCAGAUAUGCUGCAUCAGAGCAAUUCAUUUUGAUAAACCUCAUAUUUUGGCUAUCUCCGAAGCUUGUUUGGGAAGUGCUAUCAUGUUACUCUCUAUACUUUUACUUUCAUUGACAAGCUUUCAAAAAUUUGAUAAGACACAAUCAAAACAUACGCAGCAAGUGUGGCACAUUUACUUUUUCCUUGAUAGCACAAAGUGUACAGUGUUUAUGUACAGAAAACAUAAAUACAUUUUAUUUUUAAAUGUCGUCUUUGGCACUAAGUUGUUUUAUGACCCCCCCACCCCUCAAUUUUAAAUGUGUUACAAAAGCACAACCGUUCAUUUCUAAGUAUUAGUACAAACUAACUCAUUUGAGUUAUGUCGGAAGUGAGAUUGCUGUACAUUGUGCAUCGGACAACGAGGGGGCAACCAUUAUCUGUAUAUUAGUGAUCAUGUACAGAGGUAGGCCAGAACUUUCACUCAGUGUUUAUCCCUGUUGCAAACUUUUGAGUUUUCUCCUUUACACAUGCUGUAUGUAUCAAGUUACCUUUUUUAUAAGAAUGUGUUAAUGUGUCCAGACAUGAAUCAUUUUACAAGUCUUUAAUUUGUAUGUAGAACCAAAAUGAAAAAUGACUGGACCACAUUUCUGUUGAUAAGAUAUUUGACAAACAUUUUAAGGGGAAACAAGAAAAUAAAAAUAUGGCCAAUAUACCGUCGACAUGCAGGUAUGUUAAGCCGGUUCAACUCUCUAGCCCAAAAAUGUGUGUUUGUGUGUGAUGUGUCUGGUGGUCUUCAGAUUAAGUGGUUUUAUUAUUUGUGCCAGAUUUUAUUAAUUUUAUGUUUUUAAGUAUUUUGUGAGUUCCUGGGUAUUCCAUUGCACCAAAUGCCAUUAUGUCAACGUUUUAUAAGCUCGUAACACUUGAUGCACAGUGCACAGCUCUUGAGUAUUGCUACUCAUUCAGGGUUUAAACAAAGGUAUUGAAUGUAGUGAUUAAAGGGCAGCUAAAACCACCUCAUGUAGGAUGUUUAAGGGGAACGCCACUGAAUUUUGGCUUGGAAAUGAGUUGCUCUUCACCUGACCGAACACAUUUCACUUUGUAUUAGAUGAGUUAAACGUUCACGACUGUCCUCCAUAGUCAGAAACGAGAGAGAAAUUUGUCCCCUGCCCCUUCAACCGUGAUGUCAUACUAAUGCACAGCUCCACAAGACAUGACAGCGAUAAAGUAAUUUUGACAGCACCGUGAAUGACUUUCCUAGGACAUUGAGUACAUUUUCUGGUUGAGAACUUAUAGCAAAACCGUAAUGUGGACGUAAUUUGGUGGUUUAAUGUUUAGGCAAUCAAUCAUACUCUUUCCCUGUCACUUAAACAGCUCCAGGCUGUGCGUCUGGAUGACAUCACACCUUAGACUCUUGGUUUUCUAGGUUUGAGCUUUGGGAUCGAUUAGGCCAUUUUCACAAAUACCAAUUGGGCUGUCCUAGAUAGCAUAUGAAUUGACCUCUUAAAUUUAGUGGUAUUCCCCUUAAAUUACUGAUAUCUUGAAUUGAGUAAAGAGUUAAAUCUAGGUUGCACAUGCACAUAGCGUAAACCUCAGCAGACAUUUAGUUAUUAAAUAUCAAAGUAGCUCUAAGUGUCAGUGGUAUGAGGAUGAAUGAGGUGUUUGAAAUUGUAGCGGUGUUUUUUUGGAUAUUACCUGGUGGUUUCCUAAACUGCUUGUAAAGUUUGAGGUCGCAUGGUUCCAAGCACAUUUGUAUGUUGUAAGCUUUAACCUUUCUCACCUGCCUUUUUUUGUUCUGUUUUGCUCUUUUUCUGUUGUGAGUUAAACUGAUGUUGAGGUUCUUGUGCGCUGAUAAUGUGAUGGUAUCUACUGUCUUGCAUGUUGUGCAUUACACUUUGGAUCAAAAAUAAUUUUUUAUAAUUUUAGCUCUGUAGUAAAUCCUGUGGAUUUGAAAGAGUAUCGGCAAUGCCACUCUUAGUGCUAUUGAUAUAUAAGACAUAUGGUCUUGUAAUACCUGAACAGAUUCAUAUUGGAUCUAUUUGUACCUUACUUAUAAGAAAUUAGUGUUUAUAUGUAUAGUGAUAUUAGAGAUUUGCUGUUCUAUUUCUCUCAGUAAUUUAUUCUUAAGUAAUGUGGUACUCCUCACUGCCUGCUUUACAGUAGGCUGUCAAACCACUUUAUCUCCAACUUAGCUUACUGUAGGUCAUUUGGCUACUCAGUUAAAAGAUUUAAUUUCUGUCAAACCAGUUGUUAUGAAAGUUGUCAGCUGAGCUGUUUCUUGUGCUUGCUUAAGACUUUCAUCGUGGCUGCAAAUCACUAGGUUCACAGUGGUUAAAGUAGCAGUGGGUCAGAUAACUUCACACAGAACUAACUUCUAAAUUUUAUUUUUUUCUAACAGGUACGUCUGAUGGCAAGGAGCGCCUUUUUUGCAUUUUAUUUUGUCGUUAUUAUUUUUAUUUAUUUAUUUAUUUAUUAUUUAUUUGCAGGUUCUGCUUAAACAAAUAGUUGCAACAAUUAGUCAAUGAACAGAAAAUGUAUUGGUCAUGAUUUUGAUAAUCGAUUAAUCAUUUUAGUUAUUCAUCAGUUAAAAAAUAUUUUCUGGCCAUAGCUUCUCAAAAGCAAUGAUUUGCUUGCUUUCUUUUGUUCUGUAAAAUUUAGUGACAAUGGCCGCUGCUCAGAUUAAUUAAGCAAUUUUCGGACCUCUUUUUGGGCUGUGGAAACUUGUGAUAGCCAUGUGUCACUACGUUUGGCAUGCGAUAAAUGAAAUGAUUAAUUGAUUAACCAAAAAAAAAAAAAAAAGUCGACAGUGAAAUAAUUGCUAGUUGCAGCCCUGUUUGCAGGUCCACGGCUGGAGCAAUCUUCUCUUGACUCUUCAUUUCCUUCAGGUCACAUCCUCUUGAUUGGUGCAGCAAAACAGUACCACAAAGCACGAUCGGUGAGCUUUUCAGCGCUUUAAAAAAAAAACAAAAAAAAAAACUGUUAAACCUCCUCAAUUUUAAAAAAAGUUGAAUUCCACCUUCCAUUUUUACUCCCUUAAAUGUGGUAGGAGGCUGUUUCCCAGCUUAGGAAGCGAUCGUGCUUUGUGGCUCACCUGUGUUUUCUUAACGUUUCUUAAGUCCUCUUACAGGUACGGGGCCAUGCAGUUUGAAUGAAGAUGUGAAUUUACUUGACUUACUUCCCUUGCUACGUAGAUGUUGCUGCGUUCACAGUAAUGGGCCAGCUAUUUCCCUCCAUCACUGCUUUUCCUGCCAUCAUCUUUCCUCCCAACUUCCAUAUGUUUGACAGUUACUCAUCUUUUCCGCGAUGGUGCCACUGUUGAAUGAACUUAAGACUUCUAUAUCAAGCAGGGUGGCCUACCUGGAUUACCAUUGUUUGUUAGCCCAGUGGAUUGAGGUUUCCAUCUCUGUCGACAGCCGGGUUCACAGAGCAGACACGUAACUCUAAAGCCGCUUUAUGGCUUCUACUCCUGCAAAGGUCAUACCAGCUUCUUGACAUUCAUUGCUUGGUUGGAUUUUGAAAAAGACACUGCCAUGGUUUCUUCAUCUCGAACAUGUGGUGCACCCAAGUAAUGACUGAAAUUGCUGAAAACCAGCCUAUGAAUAAUGACUGCAACUCUUGUCAAACCUUCCUGUUAUGUGUUCACAAUAUGAUGUUUUGAUGUGACACCAUGUUUUGUAACCAUGUUUUGUGUGAAAUCAUGAGAUCAUUCCACAGUUUGUUUUGAUACUGUAUUUUGUAUAUUUCAAGAAGAAAAAAAAGAGUUUGUAACUUAUUUGUUACCAGAAACUGAAGAGAAAUAAAUGUUUUUGAUACACACAA